AAGCUUAAAGUUUACGUAAAAACCUGGGGUAUUGACGUCGUUCAUAAAAGAAGGGCGUGAGACAAUAAUAGGUUAUUCUCCUCUUCCAACCUGAAUAGUUUCAGGGCACACUUACAGCGAAAUUUGAUGUCUAUUUUGCUACUCUUUACUACAAAGAAACUUUUUUUUCUGUGAUUGAAGUUUCUUGCAUUGUUUGCGUGUCUUAUCUUGAAAAAAAACGAUGACCGGUUCUGGAAAUUCAGAAAUUGACAAUGAUUAUACCGUACAAGAAGAUCUUGACGAAUUUGUCAAAUACACUUGCGGCUAUAGCAAGCAAAGAGACAAGCGAAUAGAGUAUAUCAUUGCACAACACGAUUGGAAUCCUGUACAUGAGGUUGUACUGCCCAAAAAAGGGAAGACGGGAAAAGAUGAAAAACGGGAGGGUUUUAUGUAUCCCAUUUUACGUUGGCCACUUAUGAUCACUGCUUCCAUUUGUCUUAGCGUCGUUGCAUUUCUUUACUUACUAGAUCGUAUGUAUAUCAACUGUUAUGAAUAUUUUAUUGUUUGGCGUGGUCGACCUGCCCUUUUACGGAGCCGUCUCCAAAAUGCCAAGACCUUUGAAGAAUGGAAGGCGCGGGCUCGGGACUUGGAUGACUAUUUCGGAAAUAACGAUUGGAAGCUUGACCCAGCUUACGAUUAUUACGAUUACUCCCUUCUUCGAACUGUCUUCCGCAGUUUAAGAGUUCAUCGACUGAAGGAGGAAUGGGAACAACUAAAAUCUACCCUGGAUGUUUGUGUCCGUAGUAACUUUGCCGCUAUCGAUAGCCCCAUGCUCUAUUCUCGCACGUAUUCGGGCACUAAAAAGCUCGUUGAGGACUAUGUGAACGAGCUAACUCACUGUUUACAAUUAGUUAUUGACAAGAAGCUAUAUACGCCAAAAGAUAGAUCCCGCAUGUUUGAAUACUUUUCACAUAAUUAUGGCCGUACCGCUCUCUGUUUGUCAGGCGGUGCUUCCUUUGCUAUUUACCAUACUGGUGUCCUUGCUGCACUUUUGGAGCAGGAUCUACUUCCGAAUGUGAUUACUGGAACCAGUGGUGGUGGUCUUUUGGCUGCUCUGGUCUGUACUCGCACAAAUGACGAGCUACGGCAACUGCUUGUGCCUGAACUAGCUCCUAAAUUUCAAAGCGAUGUCGGCAGCUAUAUAGAAUCUGCAAAGCGAUACAUUCAAACAGGAGCCCGGUUUGAUGAGAUUUUCUGGGCCAAAACAUGCAUGUUUUUCACUCGUGGAAGCAUGACUUUCGCCGAAGCUUAUGAAAGAUCCGGUCGAAUUCUCAAUAUCUCUGUCAUUCCCAGUGAUGCUCACUCUCCUCCUAAAUUAAUAAAUUAUUUAACUUCCCCAAACACAAUUAUUUGGAGUGCCGUCAUUGCUAGUUGUGCUGUGCCAGGAAUCCUGAAUCCUAUCCCUCUGAUGACAAGAGGUCCCUCAGGAAAGCUAAUACCACACAACUUUGGUAAUCGCUUUAAAGAUGGAAGCCUUCGCACAGACAUUCCCCUCGGAGAAUUGAGGACACAGUUUAAUGUUCACUUUUCCAUCGUUAGUCAAACAAACCCUCACGUUCAGGUUUUCUUUUUCUCCCCCCGCGGCACUGUAGGAAGACCUGUUUCUCACAGGAAGGGUCGUGGAUGGCGUGGUGGUUAUUUAGGUAGUGCUAUUGAGCAGUACCUCAAAUACGAUAUGAUCAAAUGGCUUCAUGUUAUUCGUAGCCUAGAAUUGUUACCACGACCUCUUGGACAGGACUGGAGUAGUGUUUUUCUUCAAAAAUUCGAUGGCACUAUCACUAUCUGGCCAAAAACAAAAUUGAAAGAUUUUUGGUAUAUCCUAUCUCCUCCUAGUAAUGAGCGUUUGGCGAAUAUGAUCGCAGCUGGCAAAGCUGCUACGUUUCCCAAGAUAGACUUUAUCUCCUCUCGUAUUCAAAUAGAAAAACUUAUUGAAAAAGGACGUGCAAUGGAUCGACCAACUGCGCUCGGUACAUCUGUAGAUGGAGACAUUGGCACGUCCAUAACUCGCCAGGAUAUGGAUGUUAGUUGUGAGUCUGCUACAGUCAACCCGGACGAUAUUAUAAACAAUCAAAAAUUUACUUCAACCGGAAGUGUGACACCAGGCUUUACUAAUGCCAAAAGUCCAUAAUUGAAAAGAUAAUUUACUUAAUGCUUCAUUUACCUACCGACAUGUGAUCAAGAGUAAAAAUUUAAAAAUAUUAUUCUAAUGCCUUCUUUUACCAUAAUUAAUUAGCAUAGCUUCUGAAGACGAACAAAAAUGACA